AUGCCCUUUGUACCAGACAACUGGCAACGCGCAUCGCCCGCCCUUUCCGAAGAGUCCGGUCGCCGCAUUUUCAGGGUCGAGAUCAGACCUGACAACAGCAUGCAGUGCUGGCGGCGACGCGAAGCCGAAUUGGACCUGCUGCAUUGUCGUUUGGGAGCGGGGGAGCGCGAGACUGUGCGAGUAGAGGCGUCGCUUCGAGAUGGAAAUGCAGAAGCUAGAAUGAGAUCUGGACCACAUACGGUUCUGAAUGCUGCUCUGGCCGGCAAUAGUACAACUUCAAUCACAAGUGGCGACGCCCUGCUGAUCGCCAUAGGCCAUGAUCUCGCUGUUGCUGAGGCCAAGAAGGGGCUCACGCUCGUCGUCCGAGUCGGAGGUGAGGUCGCCGGCCUCAAGGUCUCCGGGGUGGUGUAG